UGACGGUGUGAGAAGGCCAGGUCUGUUGCGCAGGGCGGCUGCCUGAGUCGCUGGACCCGGGGACCCACGGCCCCGCGGGAGGGCGAGCGAGGCCUGCUCAGACUCUUCUCGGCCAUUUCGCCUCCUUAGCUCAUAGCGCCUGCCUCGAUUUAAGCAGCCAAGAUGUCUAGGCCCGUCAGGAACAGAAAAGUGGUGGACUACUCACAGUUUCAGGAAUCAGAUGAUGCAGAUGAAGAAUAUGGAAGAGAUUCGGCUCCUCCAACCAAAAAAAUCCGGUCAUCACCACGGGAAGCAAAAAAUAAGAGGCGGCCUGGAAAGAAUUCUCAGGAGGACAGUGAGGACUCUGAAAAAGACAUGAAGACAAAGAAAGAUGAUUCACAUUCAGCAGAUGAAGAUUUUGGCAGUGAGGAUGAUUUAGGUGCAGAUGAUGGCAAAGCUGAUAGUGAUUAUGAGAGUUCUCAAAAGAACAAAAAAGGGAAAAAAGCCAAACCCGACAAGAACAAACGAGCAACUUCCAAAUCCAGGAAAAGAGCUGCAGAUGACAGUGAAGAUGAGAAAGAAGACCCCAAAAAUGUGCGUCAGCAGCGACAGGCAGCAUCCAAAGCUGCUUCCAAGCAACGGGAAAUGCUCAUGGAUGAUGUAGGCAGUGAAGAGGAAGAGGAAGAGGAGGAGGAGGCAGCAUUCCAGGAAAAAGAUUCUGGCAGCGACGAAGACUUCCUUGCGGAAGAUGAUGAUGAUAGUGACUAUGGCAGUUCAAAAAAGAAGAACAAAAAAGUGGCUAAGAAAUCCAAACCAGAAAGGAAAGAAAAGAAAAUGCCUAGGCCCAGGCUAAAGGCUACAGUUACGCCUAGUCCAGUGAAAGGCAAAGGGAAGGUAGGCCGUCCCUCAGCUUCAAAGACAUCAAAAGAAAAAACCCCAUCUCCAAAAGAUGAGGAUGAAGAGCCUGAAAGUCCUCCAGGAAAGAAGAAAUCAAUUAGUCCUCCUCCAGAGAAGUCUGGAGAUGAAGGGUCCGAAGAUGAAGUCCCCUCUGGUGAAGAUUAAAUGGUGGUGUGGGAAAGAAACUUUUUUUGAAAGAGGAAGGAAAAGAGGAUAUACUUAGGGGUAGAACAUGGUUUUGGUUGUGGCUUGACUCAUGGGCUGUGAAUGCCACCUUUACUUUAGCUGUUUUAAUAGUACAGUAUUUUUUUUCUUUUUUUAAAGAGAAUCCUUAUACAAUAAUGUUUUGAUGUCACAGUCUCUACAGGCCAUUCCAUUCUCCCCAACCAAAUCUGAAAGCCAUUUAGACUUAAUUUAACAGCUUACUAAAGAUUAUAUUUUUGGAGGUGUACUGCAGUUGUAAAGCAAUAAGAUUGAUGCUGUCACUUGGAGAUCAUAAC